AAUGGCGUUUUGUCCCACACCAAGUGCGCACUACCGAGCGUGCAGCGACCGCUGUUUUGAGUGACACGUAGUGCACUUCGUUUAGUGAACACGUCGUUAUUGAGGAAUCUAACAAGCGCAGGACACUUUCUGUAUUUGUGUUGUUCUUGUUGUUUGGGUGUUUGUAAUCGAAUCGUCGAGUAAUUUCCCAGUUGAUCUCCGUAAAGAUGAGUAACAUUUACAUCCAGGAGCCGCCGACUAACGGCAAGGUUCUGAUCAAGACCACAGCAGGAGAUGUAGAUGUGGAGCUGUGGGCUAAAGAGGCUCCUAAAGCCUGCAGGAACUUCAUUCAGCUCUGUAUGGAAGGUUACUACAACGGAACCAUCUUCCACCGCGUGGUUCCUGAUUUUAUCAUUCAGGGCGGCGAUCCGACUGGCACUGGGACCGGUGGGGAGUCCAUCUACGGCCGACCUUUCAGGGAUGAGUUCCACUCCAGAUUGCGCUUUAUCAGGAGAGGUUUAGUGGCGAUGGCAAAUGCAGGGCCUCACGAUAACGGCAGUCAGUUUUUCUUCACUCUGGGCCGCGCAGACGAACUCAACAACAAACACACAAUAUUUGGAAAGGUGACAGGCGACACGGUGUACAACAUGUUACGGCUAGCGGAGGUGGAGUGCGACGGCGACGAGCGGCCGCUCAAACCACACAAGAUCAGAUCUACAGAGGUCUUACACUCUCCCUUCGAUGACAUCGUGCCUCGAGAGAUACGAGUCAGGAAAGAGAAACACAAAGACGAGGCAAAGAAAUCUCAGUCCAAGGCAACAAAAAAUUUUAAUCUGCUGUCGUUUGGAGAGGAGGCAGAAGAGGACGAGGAGAUGGUGACUCAGGUCAGCCAGACCAUGAAAGGAAAAAGUAAAAGCAGUCACGACCUCCUGAAGGACGACCCGAAGCUGAGCUCCAUCCCCGUAGUGGACAGCAAAGUCGGUGAAGACGGCAAUUCAGAGGAGGGGGAGGAUGAUGAGGAAGAAGAUGAAGAUGAAAAAAUGAGGAAGAAGGAAAUGAGAGAGCUAAUCUCUAAAAAGCUGAAGAAAGAAAAGGUGGAGGAGGAGAAGUCUGAGGCGCGAGAGGAGACGGAGAAGAAGAGCACUCGCAGCGAUGAACUGCGUAAAGAAGCUCGACAGCUGAAGAAAGAACUCCUCGCAAUCAAGCAGCGAAAAGAGGAGAGGUUGAAGCCAGAGGAGAACAGCGCAGGUGAGAAGAACGCGCCGAGCGAGGCCAUGUCCGAGUACCUGGAGAGCAAGAAGAAAUAUGAGGAGAUGAGGACGCAGAAGCUGAAGAAGGGGUCAAGCAGAGAGGCGCAGACUCUCGCUAUUCUGGACCGCUUUAAGUCCAAGCUUUCAUCUGCGAUUUCGGAAACUCCAGAGACACCUGAGGACGAGGACGAGCUGGAAGAGGACGAUGAUAAAGGAUGGUUAGCGCAUGUGCUGCAGUUUGAUGAACAGACCAGAAAAGUGAAGGAUGCAAACAUGCAGGACGAAGACACGUUCGAGAUCUACGACCCGCGCAACCCCGUCAACAAACGUAGACGUGAGGAGAGCAAGAAACUGCUGAAGGAGAAGAAGGCCAAAAGGUGAUGUUCUUAUCAUGACUUCAUUCCACUCCGCUCAGGAUGGACUUCCCUCCUCCACCUGGCUUCACAUCACAAACAUCUCUUUGGGUCAGAAAUCAAGUAGGAUACGUGUGAGGAGCCUCGCUUUAAAGAAUAGGAGAUCUGAUCUUCUCAAGAUGAGAACUGGAGUUAUGUUUGUUCAAUAAAAAAUUAUUUUGUUCUCUAAA